GUCACGAUUCACUAAGCACAGAUUGCCCAUCGUCGCCAUUGUGCAACCAUCCAGCUCCCGUACACCUGAUACUACUCUCUGAAGACAGCAUCCAAUCGCGACCAUGAGAGGAAAGCGGGCGAAGCAGUACCGCAAGCUCAUGGAGCAGUACUCGCAGACCUUUGGGUUUCGCGAGCCAUACCAGGUCAUUGUGGAUGCAGGGAUGAUCAAAGAUACAUGUCGCUUCAAGAUGGAGCUCAACCCAGCUCUCGAGAGGACGGUCCGAGGAAAAGUCAAGCCUAUGAUCACACAAUGCGAAAUCCGCAAACUAUAUGCGCAAUCAAAAGAACCCGGGAUGAGCGAAGCGAUUGAAGUCGCCAAAACCCUCGAACGACGUCGUUGCGGGCACCACCCGGACGAGUACCCCGAACCGUUACCCACAGACGAGUGUCUGAUCAGCAUUGUCGAUCCAAAGAGCUCGGGCGUGAACAAGCAUCGCUACGUUGUGGCUUCGCAAGACGAAGGUGUGCGACAAUUACUGCGGACAGUCAAGGGCACGCCACAAAUCUACGUCAACCGAAGUGUCAUGAUCCUGGAACCCAUGCCGCCCGAGAGUGCGCAGCUGCGAUCAAAGGAGGAGAUUCAGAAAUUACGAGCAGGUCUCGCGCAACGGAACCAGAACAAGAGGAAAAGGGAAGAGGGCGACGACGAGGAGGACAAGAACACCAAUGGUGAUGCCAAGGAGGCCAAGGCAGAGAAGACCGGGAAGCAGGCAGCCCCACAAGCGAAGAAGAGCAAGAAGAAUCACGGCAAAGGCGUGAAAGGUGCGAAUCCGCUGGCCAUGCAGAAGAAGAGGCCGCGAAAGGACCCCGCAAUGCAGAAUAAGAAGCCCAAGGCUGCGGCGAGCAAGCCCGAAAAGACAGGCGGGUCUGCACUCGACUCUGAAACUCCCAGAGCGCCCAAGACAGGGGCAGCGGAAUCACUGGGGCAAGACACACGCGACGCAGAUGUCUGACGGAAGCGAUGGGACCACAUGAGCUGGCGGAUUGGAUGUCGGAAUCUCUGGAAUUUGGCAGGCUCUCACUUACCCAAUUAAUUGGUGACUCUAAGACCCUCAGGCUGCUUCUGGUGUGGAGGAGGAGGGGGCCAAACACGGCUGGACAUUAUCGAAAUACCCUUUGGAAUGUAUGGAAGCAGCCCAGACUGGCAGUCGAGUAUCGUGGACUGAGCACGCGACUGUCUCGGACCAGCAAAGUGCGCAGUUAUCUGCGCGCUCAGGGAAUUAGAUAUAGCGGUUUGAUGAGUUCUCAGCUCAGCUCAGCUCAGCUCA